UUAUUGUUAGGGUCAAACUUAAUGUUUUCUUGUGCCUGAUUGAAACCGAGACCUGAAUUGGACGAUCUAGUUCCUUCUUUAACUUAGAUCGUCAUAAAUUCAAGCUCGAUCUAUCGUUGUUUGGAUUCAGGUAACCGAUUAAUACAAUGUUUCUUUUUGACUGGUUCUACAGCGUCUUGGCUUCGCUUGGUCUGUGGCAGAAAGAGGCUAAGAUCUUGUUCUUAGGCCUAGAUAAUGCUGGAAAAACCACCUUGCUCCACAUGUUGAAAGACGAGAGAUUGGUUCAGCAUCAGCCAACGCAGUAUCCCACAUCGGAAGAGCUUAGUAUUGGGAAAAUUAAGUUCAAGGCAUUUGAUUUGGGUGGUCAUCAGAUUGCUCGUAGAGUCUGGAAGGAUUACUAUGCCAAGGUGGAUGCUGUAGUCUACCUAGUGGAUGCCUAUGACAAAGAGAGGUUUGCGGAAUCAAAGAAAGAACUGGACGCACUCCUUUCUGACGAGUCAUUGGCUAAUGUCCCUUUUCUUGUUUUAGGGAACAAGAUUGACAUCCCAUAUGCAGCCUCAGAAGAUGAGUUGCGAUAUCAUCUUGGCCUGACAAAUUUCACCACUGGCAAGGGGAAGGUUAAUCUAGCAGACACAAAUGUCCGCCCACUGGAAGUGUUUAUGUGCAGUAUUGUGCGCAAGAUGGGAUAUGGUGAUGGCUUCAAAUGGCUCUCCCAAUACAUCAAAUAGCAUAAUGGCCGGUAGUGUUUUAGGAAGAUGUAUUGCAUAUCCCGAAAGCCCUAUCCUAUCCCACUGUGUCUCAUCGCACGAAUUGUAUUAAUCUCCUUGUUUGGUCUAGCUUGUGAGUGGGAUUUAAAUUGGAAGUACUGUGUUUUGAAUCUGCGUGGAAGGAAUUGUUAAUGUUACUACUCUGUAAAAUUGACUUGUGGUAGCAGGUCUUAUCUGAUAUAAUAGUUUGUUAAAUUAUUUGCCAUCUAUUGUCAUAUGCUGCAGUACAGCAGAAAUAUUGCAUUCCUUUCC